GUCCUACAGCAGCGACGGAUAGUAUACCACAGCAGUGUAGCGACGAUAUCCACAGUGACGGUCGCUCAGCACAACGAUGGUGGCGGUGGUGUUGAUUGUGGCAGGAUGGUGGUGUGUAUCAAGGGCUGCGGCGUUGGUGUGUCCGGGAGGCAGCGACCACUGUACCACACAACACAGACUACAGACAAUAGAUCAGUUCUUCAACAAUAUAACUUUUAAGACCUCUGGACCAACCUUUACUCUCAGGGAUAUCGGUCACUUGAUGUCACAACAGGUGGAAGAGUUGAAAAAGAUAGUGGGUGACAGAUUGACUCUGCAGAAGACUCCGCGGGAGGGCCGCCAGUACUAUGGUGCUACAGACUAUAGCGGUUACUAUGCCAGCACGGGAUACCCUGGCUACGGUGUUUACAACGCUGGCACCACCACCACCUUCAACGGCCUGGAUGCAGCACUUUCUGCUCUUGCCUUCUUGGCAUUCGGGGUGUGGCUUUUCAAUCUAGUAAUGCCCCAGCUGCAGGGGGCCGGUCUUGGUUUGCCUGGGCUACGACAUAAAACCGCCUUGUACGGCGCCUCAGCAGGGGAGGUUGACCAAGUGGUCCAAGCACCCGGCAUACUGUCCAACAUCCUCAACAACAGUCAGGAACUCGUCAACAAAAUAUUCAACAAAGAUGGGUCUCGACAAAGCAGGCUUUUCUUGACACAGUGGCUUGGUGAGGAGAUGGUGAACCAAGGAAAGAGUACGGUCAAAUCUACUUUAGAAAACCUAGUUAAGUCAGCUAUGAAAGCCGGUAGAGACAUUGUGUCGAACCUCGAGAAGAUAAGCAGCGUGCCGACCCUGUCAGGACUAGUGCAACAGGGUAGUAGCGUCGCCACAGACUUUAUAAGGAAACUAUCGUCAGUGUUCCAGCAGUCUCCUUUUGAAGUUCCCAAAGACCCUCCAGUCUCGGUAAAAUUCAUGGACACCCCUGAAGCCCUGGGGUCCCCUGACGGCGUGAGUCCUCGCUGGCGUCGCAGGGCUGAUAAUUCUGAGGUCCGGAGUGUACUGGAGUAUCUUCUGACGGAGGCCUGGCGACCCCUGAAAUACCUGUUGCGUUUACUAGAGGAGCUGGAUGGGCGACACACACAACACUACUUCCCUAAAUCCCGUAUUCCGGACACAGGUAAGGGCAACCUUAACUUGGAUAACAAUAUGGCUGCAUACCCCAGCAAGAGUCCAGUCGACCAUCCUCACAGGAACUCCCUGGAUGAUGAUGGUGAGGAGUCCUUGACACGGCAUGCGGGAUGAAACACUCCACAAGUACAACCGUCAUAAAUUAACACAGAACUAUGUUUUCAACCAAAUACUGUACUCCAUAUCAUAUUGUCAGUGAUACGCUCAGAUUCGUAUGCUUAAUAUUGGUUAUCAUAUAAACCUUAUUAAAAUACAUACAUACAUACAUGCAUACAAUGUUUCCCAAAAAUAAGAGUGAUCUCACACUUUAUUUUAGCAUCGUACUCAUAAAAUAUUGUAUGGGGUUGAACUAAAUUUACACUGUAAUAAUGUGGUUUAUGGUGGCACUGAUGCCAUGCUCAGCUAGGAGAUAGACUCUGGUCUGUCACCCGUCACAUUAUAGUACAGUAUUAUUCAUGACAUCUUCUAAGCAGAACUAAACUCAACCUUAAGUUUUUAAUCAGUGUAAUGUAGAGAGCCUGUGGUCUGAAGGCUUGAGGAUCAUAAACUAAGGCGGCUAGAACCUAAUCCAAAGAUGAGCCAUUUUUAUCAGUGACAUUCAUUGCCCUGAAAGAAAGACUAAAGGUCACACCCACCCCAUAACCUGUGAGGUAAAUGAGUCAGGCAGCCAUUGUACAGUUCACUCCUUAUUUGUCUUCAUAGCGAUGUCGCAAUGUGCCAACUACACAUCUUGUGAUAACAGCUAUUAAGCCAAGUGCCUGGUCUCUUAUAAUGUGAACUGGGAUUGUUUGGCUGGGCUACAUAGUGUCGAGUUUUAAGUAACAAUGGGUGGUUGGGUUAUGGGUUUGUUAUUUCUUCCUGUUAUUGACAAAUAAUUGUUUAUCCGUGAUAAACUGUGGUCAUUAAUUCCCUAUAAGUCGUGUGUCUGGUGCAGCCUGGAGAGCUGCUAUCAGGUAAUCAAGGCCAACGUGUGUAAGCAUGAAAAUGGCCAUAAAACAUUGAUGAUAGUGUGCUGUAUCUGCACUAUCCCUAAUUGACCAUUAGGUCUCAGGGAGACCCUUUCACCUAUGUUUGGGUUCCCUGACCUCAUACUCAUAAGCUCGGGCAUGCAUUAUACUUGGAGUUGGUUAGAAAAGAGGAUUUUAGGAUACUGUAUAUUAUUUAUUUGUUUUCAUGGGUAAUAAGUUUAAAUGAAUGUCUUGCGACCAUAGACAAAGCCACUGUUUACGUAAACUGUAAUUUUAAUGGUGUAAAACCUUUAAAAAUACAACCAUGAAAUUAUGUAAUGAUUAGGCCGAGUUAUUAUUAAGACUAAAGGUGGGCAGUGACUAUCUCUAGUACAGUACAGUACAGAGCCUGGUACAGUAUUAUAUAUCGAUUUUCUUACCUUGAACAGUAAGUACAUUAACUUUAUUGCUGGUAGGUGUUACAGUAUUUUUACAUUACCCGGGUACAGUAUUCAAUAAAUUAAAUGUACUGUACUUUCUUGUUCCAAAGCAAAUACAGUCGUCAUUUUAUUAAUUGUACUGUACUUACUGUAAGCCCAACAAUGGUUUACGUAAUUGAAUAUCAAAUUUCAUUAUUUUUUCAAACCACAUGUAUUAAAUUAUUCAAGUUGUACAUUCCUGUAAAUAAAGGCCAGUGUUCUAA